AUGACGACAACCUUCUUGGACCGCGAGAAGGCCUACAAAGAGUGGGAGGGAUUGCUCAAGCGUGCAACUACGCCUGAGGAAUCUGACAAGAUCGCCACAGCAAACCAGCUCAACUCGCCCCUACUUCGUCUACCUGGCGAGAUCCGCAAUCACAUCUACACAUACGCCUGCCGAUCUACUACAGUCAAGCACGGGAAGCGCCCAGAAGUCUCCGAAAGGUCGUGUCUCUUCACCCAAACCUUCCUCCUCACCUGCAAACAAUUCUACUGCGAGGCUAUCGCACUCUUGUAUACCCAUGCGACGUUCGAGUUGUCUGGAUUUGGAGGGUGGGCAGCCAACGUAAGCCUCAACCCCAAAUAUCGUAACCUCAUUUCCUCGCUGUAUAUGGACGGUGGUUAUCUCACCACUGCAAUACGGAAGGCUUGGGAAUUCAAAGCUGGUAUAAGGGCUAAACCUGAUCUACCUGGGGUUGAGAGGGUACUUUUGAAGCAACCCGUUAGGGCGAAUGAUGUAUGCAUCGAUGCGCUGCGAGGAUUGUUUGGAAAGCCGAACCUACAGGUCACCGACGAGGAGAUUACAGAUCCAUAUUGGCUCCUGAAGAUGCAAGAUUCUUCAAGGCAACCUGGGACGUAUCGCUGCUAG